AUGGAGCCAUCAUUGAAGUUCAGCCCGCCACACUUCACCUUAUUCAAGGGAGAUGCAGAUCUUGAUAGGCACUUGAUGCAUUACCGAAGUGUCAUGAUACUCUAUGCCAACGAUGACGUUCUCAUGUGCAAGAUCUUCGCCAUGAUGCUCCAAGGUGAGGCACAAGACUGGUUCCACACCCUGCCGUCAUGUUUAAUCCAGAACUUCAACGAACUUUCCUUGGUUUGCAUUAAGGAAUAUUCGUCCUACCGCUUGAUAAAAAAGAAGUCUGACCACCUCUUCAACAUGAAGAAGAACCCGAAGGAGUCGCUCUGCACAUAUGUUAAUAGAUUCAAGGCAGAGAAGGAAAAGAUCGUCGGAUGCGAUGAUAGCAUCGCAUGUUCAGCUUUCAGAAAUGGUCUUCUAGCAGAUCACCAGUUUUUCAGAGAAUUACUUAUGGGCGAUAACCUGUCCUUGGCAAACUCUUAUGCUUUGGCAGAAAAUCACUCUUUCUGGGAUGAGGAAAAGCGCUAUCAGAAGCUGCCCGAGCAACCGCACAGAGCCGUGGAAUCAACUCAGAAUAAGGCGAGCGAUAAACUGCUCAACAUCAAAAGCAAGCCAGAAAAUAAAUGCAGGGACCAAUCCCCAUCAAAGGGAGGCAUAGCGCCCAAGACGUACACCAGGUUCUCAACCUCGAUCAACCAAAUCCUUCAGGACCUCAAGGACUAG